AUGGUGGGGGGCUACGGUGCGCGGCAGGGGGAGGGGACGUCGCUCUGUGGCGGCAGAAAUAGGGCGCAGAGGACAGAGCAAGGCUGCCCCGGUUGCCGUUCUUCGACCCGCGCCCGUACCUACGGCUACAAGGCCCGCGGUUGGGACACGUCAUUUGGUGCGUGGGUGUUGUUGUUUUCCCUAUGGGCAAUGUGCGGCGGCUGCGGGGCGGGCGGUGCACCGGAGGGCGGGGGGGGGGGGGGGGGGGGGGGCGACGGUGUCGCAAGCCCGGGUGCACGGCCGGCCGUCGGCACCGCACCGACCCUGACUGACUUAUCUCGCGAACGUGAGCCGCGCGCAAAUUCGCGUUCUAAUGCCGGCGAAUUGGACGGAACGCGCGAUCAUUUGCACCGCUCCACCGCGCCGACUUAUCUGACACGGAGCGGCAAUGGAUUACGUUGCCUCUGCCGCACCGCACUAAUUACAUUG